AUGUAUGGUUAUCCGAUGCCGAUGGGGAAUAUGGUCUUCCGGCCACCGCUAGUUGGGGCUGUCCCGGGCCCAUAUAAUCUGAACAUUGCGAGUGAGGUUGUCGCUGCUGCUAUGGGCAAGGUCUUUUCCUUUAUGAACCCAUGUAGAAAUCGGAUCUUGACCGACAGCCGACGGGAGAAACGAACACAAGGUCGCCACACGAUGCUCGGACCAUCACUUCUGGGAGCGGUAGAAACUCCAGAUAAGACCAAGACCUCUGAAGAGACAUUGAUUCCUUGGAAAAUAUGUUACACAGCCAGUGGAGGUGGUGAUGGGAUAUGA